AUGAAGUCCACAAUCAUGCUCUCCGUUGGCGCUUUCGCCGUCUCUGCUUUCGCCCAAACCACCCUUUCCUCCUGCGGUAUGACUUGUAUCAACAACAUGCUCGCCUUGGCUCCAUCCCUUGGAUGCCCUGGUACCCCCGAGGCCAGCUGUCUCUGCAAGAACGUCGACUUCGGAUAUGGUAUUCGUGAUUGCGCCAACGAGGCUUGCGGAACCGAUGCUCCUGCCAUCAUCGCCUAUGGAAACGCAUACUGUGCUACUGUUACUGGAUCUGGUGCUACCGCUACCGGAACUGGAGCCUCUGGUGUCACUACCUCAACUGCGUUGACCACCAUUACCUCGGCAACUGCUACCACUACUUCAACUGCAGGCGCUGCUGGUGGAUCCUCCUCGGCCAUCACUACCUCGGCCAUCGUUUCCGUUGAGACCUCUGGUUCGUCCACCUUCACCUCAACUCUUGGCUCAACCACCAUCUUUGGUGUUGGUGCUGGAGGUUCAGCUUCGACUGCUUCUAGCACAGCUGCUUCCGGAGGUUCUUCUGCUAUCACCACUUCUGCCAUCGUUUCCGUUGAGACCUCAGGUUCCUCCACCUUCACCUCAACUCUUGGUUUGACCACCAUCUUUGGCGGUGCUGGCGGAAGUGCCACAUCCAGCGCUGAAUCAGUUGGCUCUUCUGCCUCCUCCCACGCGUCAUCCGUUGCUGCUUCAGCUUCUUCUAGUGCCGCAAGCGCUGCCUCAUCUGCUGCUUCCAAGGCAUCAUCCGCCGCAGCUGGUUCUUCCUCCACCUCCUCGUCCUCAGCUGGUGGCGCUCGCCAAACUGCUUUCGCAGGCAUGGCUGCCGCUGCUGGUCUUGCCGCCUUCAUUCUGUAA